AUGAUGCAACUUGGUAAAUUUGGUAUCAAUGACAUUAGAGAGGGCGUAUCUGUGGAAGAGAUCCAGAAGAUUGAAGAGAGUUUGGCUGCAUCAAAUUCGAAGCCCGGUGGCAUGAAUUCUCACAGCAGGCCUAAAGAUGAGGCUGAUGAUGAGAUUUCUCAUUUGGUGGCCAUGGCUCCAACACAGAAGUUAUACAACGUCGUUUUCGUAUUGGGACCGCCAGGCUCAGGAAAAGGAACUCAAACCCUUGGCUUUAUGCACUUGUCAGCAGGAGAUCUUCUGCGUGCUGAACGGCAACGACAAGGUCUCAAUUAG